AUGCGUCUUCGCGGCCGAACGCUGCGUGCGAGAGCCGUCUGCUCCUCCGUGCACAGACUAGCGAGACCCUCAAGACUAUGUAGCCGGAACCUGAGCACGGCCCUUCGGCCGAGCUCCACCGGCCUCUUCAUCACCGACCCUUACAACGCACACUCGCUGCUCGCCUCGCUCAAGCUGGGCUCCUUCUCUGAAGCGGACAUGAAUGACGCCUUCGACCGGCUGGAUAAGAACAUGGACGAUCGCCUCUCGAUUGACGAGGUGCGCACGGCGUUUCAGGGGUAUGCGGCGCGAAAGGGCCUAUCCGACGCGGAUCUCGGUGCCAUGACGGAGCGAUUCAUGGAGCUGUGGGACGAUGACAAGUCCAAGACGAUAGAGAGAGACGAAUUCAACAGGCACGCGACGGCGCUCGGAAAGGAGCUGCACCCGGCGGCGUACCAGCUGUGCGGCGGUAUCGCGCUGACCGCGCUGCCGUUCGGCAUCCUCGUCCCGUUUGAGCCGCAGCUCGUGGCCCACCUCGGGAUCACCGCUGCCGGCUUUGGCGCCGCCAACGGCGCGCUCUUCUUUUCGAAUGUCCUUUGCACCAUUCCGAUGACCGAGGUAGUGGCGAGGAGAGGCAGCAAGCAGAUCCUCGUCGGCAGCCUCGUGCUCAUGGGCGCCUCCAUGGGCGCGGUCGCGCUUGUGCACUCCUUGGAGCAGCUCGUUGCGUGCCGGUUGGCCGGUGGCGUCGCGCUGUCGGGCAUCGUUGCGGCCAACAUGGCCGGCGUGGUCAAGAUUGGGACCCCGCUCAACCGCACAAAGAACAUGGCGCUGCUGAUGCAGGCGCGCAACACGGGGAUGGCCCUUGGGCCCGCGGUGGGCGGGCUUCUGGGAAGCCUCGUGAGCAUGCAAGCGGCAUUUGCAGGGGUCGGGCUGGGCCUUGCCGGCUCCGCGCUGGUGUUCGGGCGCAUUUACCGCGAUGUGGCGCCGGGAGACCAGAAGCCGAUCGACCCUCCGCUGCAGCUGUUUCGCACCGCCUUUGUGAGCUGGCGCGAGGUGCUGACGACCGUCCCGGACCUCGGAGCGCUGUGCGUGAUGUCCGCCGUUGCCAAUGGCUCGCUCGCGGGUACCAACAUGACCCUGCUUCCGUUGCUGCUCUGCGACGAGCUUGGGCUCGGCACGGGCGCGAUCGGCUCGAUGUUGGCCGCCAACGCUGUGGUCGGCGCCGUCACCGGAGGCCAGAUGGGCGCCCUCGCUCAUCGUGUCGGGCCCCGCCUCGCAAUCGGUGCUGGCGCAACGACGGUGGCGGUCGGAAUGGCUGCCCAGCCCGCUCUCGGCGACGCCACCCUCAUCCUGGGCGCGCUCUGCAGCGCGCAGCUCGGGCUAGGCGUGCUGACGCCCACCCUGGCGGCUCAGAUCCAGGAGAAGGUGCUCAAGGAGAAGCCGUCGCUCGUCAUGCAGGCGAUGUCGCUCCAGAACACCUCCUCGUUUAUCGGACUUGUGGCAGGUGCAGGCGUCGGUGGUGCUGUCGGCAGCCAGCUAGGUUUCGCGGCGGGCUAUCAGACGGUGAGCAUGGGGCUCCUUGUGGCUGGGUUGGCCACGGCAGCUCGUUUCCCUGUGAGGAAGUUGUCGUGA